ACAAAACAAAUUUUAUAAUAAAAUGACAUUAAAGAAGGAAUAAUAGUUAAUCUGUCGAGAGAGUUUGCUAAAAAAAUUAUUCUUAAAAUGACUCAAUCAAGCAGGAAAAGAUUAAGGAGCAUGGAAGAAGAAAGCAGUGAAUUUACUCCUCUAAGUAAAAGGAUAAAUAAUCUACAUCUAAAUGGCUGGUCCGGAUUACGAGAUUCCACAAAUAAUUCAGUAGAAUUUGAAUGGAAUGAUAAAAAUUGUCCAUCUUCCAAUAAUUCUGAACCAUCACCUGGCUCAUCAUCGUCUGAAGGAUAUAAUCACAGUCAAAAGGAUUUUGUACAUGAAUAUAGGCCUGAGUUAGGCAUUAAUGACAACCCUUACUAUUAUGAAAAUAACAAAUUAUUAUACACUCUUUAUAUGGAAAGAAUGCAAAGACGAACUACUUUCAAUCAUCUUUGAUAUAUUUAGAUAAAAUAUUCAUUUCCAUUUUUUUUCAAUUUUAAUCAUAUUUUGUAACAAAUAAAUUUUGGUGAAUAUUAAGACUUUAAAAUUACUUUAAGGCUUACGAUUUGAUCAUGCAUAGUUUGUAAUAAAUCUACCUUUUAAUUAAUAAAAUAAUUUGUA